UUGUUUUGAAAUGUAAAUGUCAUUAACAUGCCUGUGUUUUAAUUUCUGUACAAAUUUGGCUGUCAAGCCAGGGGUCCGUUCUUCGUACGUCGCUAAUUACAUCCGAGAUCAAAAUACACAUCCAAGAUGAUAUAAUCCUGCUAAUCAUUAUCUGGCUAAUUAGGUUCUUCGAACACACCGGUUGUUUCUGAUUAGUAUGGCUGGAUUGAAUGAUCUGAGAUUGUUGCGCGUUCAUGCGCGGGUUUAAAAGGCACUAUGUAUCGAUGGUAGAAACAAUGAUUAACAACAUCGUUAAGGAAUGGCAAAAGAGCGUGCGACUUUUUUCACACAAGCGGAGCAAGAGCUCCUCAUUGAGGGUUAUGGUGAAUUUCAGCAUUUAAUAAAAACCUCUGGGAAUACAUCAAAAGCGGCGAAAACCAGAAGAGAGGGCUGGGAAAAAGUUGCAGAAAAAUUGAAUGCAGCCACCACGGGACCCAUAAGAACAUGGGAGCAAGUAAAGGUAAAAUACAAGAACAUUCUACAAAAUGCUACUAGGAAAAGGUGUGAACAAAAAAAAACGGGUGGUGGUCCUGCACCUCCACCUCAUACCCCGGCAGAAGAGCUUGCCCUUGGUUUUAAUGCAAACAGGCCAAUUGUUCAGGGCAUACCAGGGGGCAGCUCUUCCCUAGAGCCACAGCCAGGGACCAGUAAGGGCACCACAGUCAUCACUGUUUCUAAUGAUACACCUACACUUGUAUCAAUUCCAUUUGAAGUUGUGGCAGAAGUGAACAGUGAGGAGACUCUUUCAGAUGAGUGUUUUGAGGAGUUGACAGAGUCCAUGCCUUCUAAGAGGCCUUUUGACCGGCACAGUGAUAAAGAGGGUGACAUUCGUUCUCUAUAUAAGAGGAGCCUCCAACAUAAAGUGGAGUAUUUAGAGCUUAAAAAACAAAAACUACAAGGAGAAAUCGAGCUGCAGCAACUAAUGAAAACAAAAAUGGAGCUAGAAAUACAAUUGUUGCAAAAAGAACUUCAGAGCAAAAGAUGACGUGUGUGUGUGUGUGUGUUAUAAAAAAAUUUAAUAAAUGGUACUAAACAUUAUCGGGUGCGUUUUAUUUUUUGUCUUCGUAAUUUUAAUACAAUUUCAUCAAAAAUGAUGUGCCACAAUCCUGUCGUGUGCAGCUCUGCCACUGGGUUGGUCCAAAUGCACUGGCUGAAGGUCAUUAUUAUGCUGCACUGGCACCACAUGGAUUCUCUCCCUUCUAAUGGUAGCAAUAUUGUGCAAGACUGUACAUGCAACAAUAAUAUCACAUGCCCGGUCAGGUGCAACUCGCAGAUGUUUCAGACAUUGAAAUCUUCCCUUUAGGUGGCCAAAGGUCAUUUCAAUGCGUGCUCUUGUCCUGACUAGAGCUGCAUUAUAGCGAGUUUCUGGCCCAGGGUUAGGGUCAGGGAAUGGGGUCAUAAAAUACUGCCUACAAGCAUAACCCCUGUCACCAAGCAGGAUUCCAUCGUAAUCACCUGUAGAAGGCAUUUAUGUUAGGGUCUUAAUUUGGAUAAAAAUAAACUUUGUUCUUUUUGCCUUACCGCGUUCAAAUGAUGUGUAUAAAUGUGACUCUCUGAAAAUUCUAGAGUCAUGCACAGAUCCUGGCCAUUUUGCUUCCACAUUUGUGAUAUGGUACAUAGAGUCACACACCAUCUAGGACACACACACAUUGUUAUAUAUAU